AUGCGUCUUCUCUUUUCUUCAGUCUCUCUGCUUGUUGCAGGCAGCAAUGCGCUUCCCGCGCUGCUCCCGAGAGCCGGCGAUAACACUUCUUUUGCGAGUCCCGGGAAUGCAUCGUACGAUUAUGUGAUUGUCGGAGGCGGUACCGCGGGUCUCACGGUGGCAGCGCGGCUGGCCGAGGACGCGGGCACCACUGUGGCCAUCAUCGAGGCUGGCGACGUUGCAGAGAACGUGAAUGCCAACAUCUCCAAGGUGCCCGGAUACGGCUACAAGGUCUCCAUCGAGGGGUUGGACUGGGGGUUUGAAACAACGGCUCAAGCGGGCGCUGGAGGACGUCAACUGGCAUACAACCGCGGCAAAGCGCUGGGCGGGAGCUCGGCGACCAAUCUUCUCGCCUACCAUCGCGGCACGGCCGAUUCCUUCCAGGAAUGGGCCACGCUAGUUGGUGACGAUAGCUGGACGUUUGCCAAUUUCCUUCCGUGGUAUCUCAAGAGUGUCACGUACACGGCGCCAAACCAGGACCUGCGCGCUGCCAACGCAAGCGUUCCCGCGCUGAACCCGGCGUCCCAGAGCGCCGAGGGCGGCCCGCUUCACGUAACUCACUCGAACUACGCGGAUCCGGUUUCCUCAUUCGCCCGCGACGCAUGGAAAGAACUCGGCGUCGCCGAGCUGAACGACCUGCUCAGCGGUAAGCUGAUCGGCAACCAAUAUUCGCCGGCCACCAUCAAUCCGGAUGACCAGACACGCGAUACCAGCGCCACCAGCUUCUUGCAGUAUGCGACUACAAGUGGACGCGGCAAUGUCAAGGUGUACAAGCUGUCCAUGGCCAAGCGCAUCCUGUUUGACGGAAACACGGCAACGGGUGUGCUGGUGAGCGGCAGCGACUCCGAGUUCACUCUGUCAGCGAACAAGGAAGUCAUUCUGGCCGCAGGUGCUAUGCAAUCGCCGCAGAUGCUCAUGGUUUCCGGCAUCGGCCCUGCCGAGACGCUCGAAAAAUACGGCAUCGAGGUUAUUGCGGAUCGCCCUGGAGUUGGCCAGAACAUGCAAGACCACAUGUUCGUGCCCACGUUGUGGAAGGUUGACGCCACGACCGAAUCGCAGCUGUUCGAUGCCGAGUUUGCAGCCGCGGCGGAAAACGCCUUCAACAACGACCACACCGGCAUCCUCACCAACACUGGCGCCGACCACUUCGGCUGGGAGAAGCUGCCUAAUUCUUCGCUGGCGCGGUUGGACUCGGCCGCCCGCGAGGACUUGGCCAAGUUCCCCGCAGACUGGCCCGACUACGAGAUGGUCAUCGGCGACCUCGCCUACAGCGGCGACGCCAACUACGCCCAGGGCAUCAUGAUGCUGCAAUCUGCCACGUCGCGCGGCUCCAUCUCCAUCAGCUCUGCCGAUGCCGCUGAUCCGCCUGUUAUCGACACCCAGACGCUUUCCACGGCUACCGAUCGUGCUGUGGCCGUCGAGGCUGUCAAGCGAGUGCGCCAGUUCUUCCAGACCGAGUCGAUGCAGCGUGUCGUCCUGGAAGAAGUCACCCCUGGUCCCGCGGUCCAGACUGACGAUGAGUUGCUGGAGUUCAUCCAACAGGCCGCCGGGCCCGGCUACCAUGCUGCCUGCACCUGUGCUAUGGGCAAGACUUCGGAUCCCAAUGCCGUCGUUGACACUGAAGGCAAUGUCAUCGGCGCUAAGAGCUUGCGUGUCGUGGACGCGAGCGUUUUCCCUCUAUUGCCCCCAGGCCAUCUUCUCUCCACAGUUUACGCUGUGGCAGAGAAGCUUGCCGACGCAAUCAAGUCAUAA